CAAAUAAUCGCUCGCUUCUAGCAACCUGUCUAGUAGUCACAAAAUAUUUGCUUUCCUAACACGCUCUCCCCCCCGCCCACCCAAGUGGACCAUUUCGGGAUUCUUAUCAAUCCUUCACGCAGAGCGAAACAGGCCUGGAGCCAAAUCCCCGUCGUGAUACCCAACAUUUGCACUCUGUCAAUCAAAAUGUCAAACCCAAACGCUCUCUUUCUGCUCGCCGACCACAUCAAGCUCUCCCUCCUGGAGAGGAAACGGGCACAGAGUCUCAACGUAGACGCCGGCAGCCAGGAUGGUCACAUAUCACGGUCGCUAGAUCAAUUCCGUGAAGGGUUGGAGACGCUCGAGAAGGAACAGAAGAGGUUAGAAGAGGCAGGAGACGAAGACAAGGCCCUCGAUAUAGCAGACUCCCUUCCCGCCCUCCAAAAACAGCUUGAUGACCUCACAUCCCAGUUUCACGGCUUCUCGUCCGUGGCCCCCAGUACACCCAACGACCCAUCCCUCGCUUCCGACUUUGCAGCCGCCGAAUCCAUACCAGCGGGCGGCUCCAGGACGAAACAGGUUCGGUUCUCGGACAACCCGAUGACGGCAGGCGGCCGCAGGGGCAACGAAGACGAGGACCUCGAGGCACAGCGCUCCGGGCUGCUGGGCCAACCGUACCGCGACGACCCGGACUCGGGCCCGACGUUCCGCGACCAGAUUGAGGAGCAGGGCCUCGACAACGUUCAGGUGCACGCAUACCACCAGCGGGUGAUGGAGGAGCAGGACGCGCAGCUCGACGCGCUCGGGGCCAGCAUCUCGCGGCAGCGCGAGCUGAGCAUGCAGAUCGGAGACGAACUCGAUAGUCAGGUCGCCAUGCUGGACGAGAGUGAGCGGGUCGUCGACCGCCACCAGAGCAGCUUGGACCGCGCCAGGAGGCAGGUCGGGAGGAUCAGCAGGAACGCUGGCGAGACCAAGCAGUUCGGAAUCAUCAUUGCUUUGAUUGUCAUUCUGGUGCUUUUGAUCGCCAUCUUCAAGUGAAGACUAGGCCAAUGAGGUCAUUUAAUCACUGCCCCCGGGUUUGAACAAUUGUUUACCCUUUUCAAGAAACGCCAAAGUCUUUUGUUUUCCUUUAUCAAAUCCGGGUUGCUGUUUACAAUUUACCCAAUGUGAUCAUCUUUAUUGUUGCAUGGAUUUGGCGUUGGGCGAGGUUUUCUCCUUUUUCUUCUAAUAUACCUUCUGUGUAUGUAAGAUGUCCACGGGUUUUGCCAUCUUAUUGAGGAGAGAUGUAUUUGUACAUACCCCCCGCUCAGGGUUGUAUAUAAUGACGGCCUUUUGAAGAGAAGUUUACGCGCAUUUAAUUGCCAUUGUUUUUGUGUAAAGGGCGUUCGUCUAUUUGUCUAGCCCUUAUAUACUGCGGAAUGGCACGAUUGUCAGUCUUUUUGGAUAUUCAAAGCAUUUUCGACUCAGCUAUGGCAUAGCCUUUUGUUGAGCCCGCCGAAACACAGCUAGAAGUGACAGUCCCAGGUUUCAUCUUAUGCUUCAAACCCCAUUUCCAUCCGAGAUUUCUUUCUAUUAUCUUUCUACAUUGUAUAUUCCAAGACCAAUUCAUGUUGGAAUUCUCAUUCGAGAAUAUUGUUUUUUGUACUGCCAUUUUGUCUUUGGUGAGCCCUCUUAUAG